UCGGACAAUGUCUGGUUAAUUCUGAGUUUAUAAUUGUAUUCCAAAUAUAAACAUUUUUUUUUCAGAAUUAUAUAUUUAGUAUAAUGUAUUUUAAUAUAGUCGCGAAUAGAUGGAAAAAAUUGAUAAAAUAUCUCACGCGUUGCAGUGACGCGUCUGUCCACUGUGUGUCAGGCAGUGCUAGAAAGCUGAUUUAUCGUCACUGUAAACUCAAAUGUGUGGUCUGGGAGGGCAGAUGGCACUCUACUGCGAUCUAAUGGGUUGCUGGCAAGCAUUUCCGUAGUGUAGUGUUUAACGCAUCAUGACAGAGGCUCCACUGCCUGACGCGCCUGUCCUAAUUUCAAGCUAACGCUAGACAAGCUAGCCCGACAUACAUUAUUUCACAUACAGUAGCUAACGGUAGUGCAGAUGCGUACACACAUUUAACUCCUCCGUAUGCGCGUCCUCUCUUCUGGCAUGAGAUCAUCUUUCAGUGAUAAAACGCUUUUAAACAUCCGAUCAUCAUGUCAAAGCGGUGCAUGCUUUAAAUUUACCCGUGGACUAUUGUUGGUCGAUAAUUCAUGGUAAUACCAACGCUCCCGGAGACAAGGAUGUCGAAACGGCUGCGAAAUAGCGAAGUUUGCGCGGACUGCAGCAGUUCGGAUCCUCGCUGGGCGUCUGUGAACAGAGGAGUUCUGAUAUGUGAUGUGUGCUGCGGUGUUCACCGCAGUCUGGGUCGCCACAACUCACAAGUGCGGCAUUUGUCAAACACACCCUGGCCGCCCACCCAGCUACAGAUGGUUCAAACAUUAUACAACAAUGGUGCUAAUGCAAUAUGGGAGCACACUCUGCUGGACCUGUCAUCCAUCACCAGCGGGAAACGCAAACCCAAUCCGCAGGAUAAAGCCCACCCUAACAAAACCGAGUUCAUAAAAUCAAAGUAUCAAAUGCUGGCUUUCGUCCAUCGUUUACCCUGUCGAGAUGACGACAGUACAGCAGCCGCUGAUCUAAGCAAGCAACUUCACUCCAGCGUUAGAACCGGCAAUCUUGAGACUUGUUUGCGGUUACUAUCGCUUGGGGCUCAACCCAACUACUUCCACCCGGAGAAAGGAAACACUCCACUGCACAUAGCAGCUAAAGCAGGGCAAGUGUGCCAGGUUGAGCUUCUCUGUGUUUAUGGGGCAGACCCUGGUGCUCCAGACUCCAACGGCAAAACCCCCAUCCACUAUGCAAGGGAAGCUGGCCAUCAAGACCUGGCAGACAGACUGGUGGAAAUACAGUAUGAGCUCACAGAUAGGCUGGCCUUCUAUCUCUGUGGGCGAAAGCCUGAUCACAAGAAUGGACAGCAUUUCAUUAUACCACAGAUGGCGGACAGCAGUCUGGAGUUAUCGGAGUUCGCAAAAGCUGCUAAAAGAAAACUGCAGUCUCUCAGCGAUCAUUUGUUUGAGGAAUUGGCAAUGGAUGUGUAUGAUGAAGUUGAUCGAAGAGAGACUGAUGCAGUUUGGCUAGCUACUCAGAACCACAGCAACUUGGAGACAACAGUUGUGCCUUUCCUUCCUGUAAACCCAGAGUACUCAUCAACACGAAACCAGGGAAGACAAAAACUGGCAAGGUUUAAUGCUCAUGAAUUUGCCACACUUGUGAUUGAUAUUCUGAGUGAUGCAAAGCGACGCCAGCAGGGGAAUUCAGUCUCAAGUCCUAAAGACAAUGUUGAUGUAUUCUUCAAAAGUAUGGGCAGUCGUCAUGGAAGUGAAAGCCAGGAAAUUGACCAGCCAGACUAUGACAGUGUGGCAUCUGAUGAGGACACGGAAACUGAUUUACGAGUGGGCAAAGCAGACAGAACUAAGAGUUUGGACUCUGAUCUGUCCGAUGGACCGAUUUCCGUGCAGGAGUUCCUGGAGGUGAAAAAUGCACUUUCAGCCUCGGAGGCCAAAAUUCAGACACUGAUGAAGGCCAACAGUAAUCUGAGUGAGGAGCUGAGAUUGAUGCAGAAAAAGCUGCAGUCUCUGCAAAGCGAGAACAGUUCUCUCAGGCGGCAGGUCUCCGCUCAACAAUCCUAUCAGGCCCCCGGCGGCCCUGACCACCCCAAUCCCUCCAGUCCCUCCUCCUCUUCCUCCUCUUCCUCCUCCUCUGCCCUGAAACGCCACCUGUCUGCACGGGCGAGCCGCCCAAUGUCUAUGUAUGAAACCGGCUCUGGUCUGAAGCCCUUUCUCCCCAAGGGAGAGACCCCUUACCCUGAGGAGACCUUCCCCACCCUGCAACCCUUCCCAACCUAUGCCUCCAAAUUUGACAAGCAGAGCAAUGUUUCUGAUGGUGACUACGAUAACACUGUCAACGAAUCUGAUCUGAACGACUCCGGCUUUGGCCGAAGAUGUCGUUUGCGCAGCAGUGGCUGGAUGGGAGACAGCAUUUCUAUACCGGAGCUGGAUGAUCACGAAUGCGAGCCUGACCCCAGUCUGCCCAGCACUGAAGACGUCAUCCGUAAAACUGAGCAGAUCACCAAGAACAUCCAGGAACUGCUUAGGGCUGCGCAGGAGAACAAGCAUGAGAGUGCACCAUGUGAGCAGAGGGAGAGUGUCCGCAGACUUAGACACAGUCUGGGUUGUUUCAGCACUCUGGUGCCUUGGGCAGACAAGCCCCCAUCUCCCAUGCAGUCCCUCGGCCUAAGAGCUCCCCACCCAGCCAACCCCAACAACCCUGCCUCCUGCUUUAUACCCUGCGCAGAAAGAAUAUAUGUGGCUGUGAGUGAAAUGGCUGCCCUGUUCCCCAAGAGACCACGCUCUGAGACGGUGAAGAACUCUUUGCGAUUAUUAACGUCCAGUGCAAACCGGCUGCAGAGUGAGUGCAAGAAAGCAUCUCCCCUGGAGAGCAGCUCCGCAGCCGACAUGCAGUUUGUCACCCAGCAGGUCAUCCAGUGUGCUUAUGACAUCGCCAAGGCUGCUAAGCAACUUGUUACCAUAACCACCAAAGAGAACAACAACUGAUCCUGCUUCCACCCAUUUCCACUUGACAUGCAACCAAACCCUGACAGUUUUCACCACAUGUUAUUUUAUCAGUAACUACUGGGCAUGUCACAAGUUUCUUUUUUUAAUCUAAGGUGUAUUUGCAUGUUUUUAUUUUUAAUUUAAGGUGUCUGUUAUCAGUGUUGUUUGGCUUAAAGCCAUAAGAUUAAGCCUGAAAUGCUCUCAAGGGUUGUGUAUAUGUCUUGACCUGUGAAAGUGGCAGUUGAGAUGUUGUGGACUGAGAGAGCAAGAAGAAUGAGUAGAAAUGAAUCCGCAAUGGAGCAGCAAAUCACAAACUAAAUAUUCAGUAAUUGCCUGACUCUUUGCACUAUUCUGAAAACAUUUAGUUCAUUGUUUGAGGUUGUCUGUGUUGUUUUUAAAUAGUUAAAUAAAGCCUAUUUUUCAGUAAUCUUAGUUAAAUCUAUAAUGUAAUAUAAAAUAAUCUGUUGUACAAAACAUUCAGUUAUUGUGGCCAGGUAGGCCAAUUUUAAAUACAGGUACAGUAAACUUGUAAUUAUAAAGAGAAAGUCAUAUUAAAUAUCAUUUUAAAAAGAUGCCCAAGGUUAAAUACCUUUUUCUCAGUUGGAUAAACCAUGUGGCUGUAAUUCAGAUUUACAGUCUGUAUUAAAGAAAAAAUAUAUAUAUAAUAAAUUGAGGAAAUGUUAAUUAACCUUAGUUUAAUUGUAUUUCAUCAGUUAUUUAGAGGUCACAGUACAGUAUUUAAUGACAUCUUUUUUUUUUCUUCAAUACACUGCAGAUGAAACAACCUCCACCAGCAAAUACUGUUUGUAAUCGUUUAGAUGUGUAUGUGUGUGUUUUAAGGUCAUCUUAUCGUACGUUCAGUUCAGUGUUUGGGCAGCUCUUUACUUUGCAGAUCUUUUUAUUUCCUCUCUAAGUAUUAUGUUCUAAC